CGAUGGCAUGGAAGGUGGGAAAUCUUCAUAGGUAGCAACGCGUGAGAGUGGGAGGAAGAAGGAUGAACCUCAUAAACCACGAUCAGAUCCCCUGUUCCUUCUUUCUAGAAUCCCACAGCUCUGCCCUGCUUGGAUUAUUUUAUUUUUGGUACCGAGUCCAGACUCGUUCUAUUUCUCAUCGUGACCUCGUCUCAGUCUCGUCGGUUUGCUCAUUGCUUGGUCAGCUUUUUUUCUUUCCCGCGAAAUUCGGUUGCUUUUCGGUCUUCCUCUAGUAACACAUCGUCUCGCUGUAACCUUUAAACAGGGGUUUCUGUUGAAAACACACCCAAUUUUCCUCCAUUUUUCUCUUUCGGUUUCUUUCCUUUCACGUUUUUUCCUUUUUGAUUUUAUUUUUAUGCGCUCGCGAAUCCGUGUGUGGUUCCGUGAUCCUUCCGGGAGGGCAUUUACUUGGUCCGUUUUGAUUUGGUCCCAAGAUUCGUUCAAGGGGAAAGCGUCGGCUCGUUAAUCCUGAGAAGAGCGUUCCUUAAACAUUGAACAAAGCAGAGUAAGAUUGAGUUUUCUUCAAGGUUUAGUAAAAUAGCCAGGGAAAGAGAAAGUCGUCGUCAUCGUAUUUGGAUACAUCAAAUUUUGCAGGAGGCACAACGUUGCCGGCAAAGUCACUGUCCUUGAAAACAAAGAGAGAGAAAUCGAAAGCCAGAUUGAGUUUUCGCGGAAAAAGUUGGCGUCUAAAAGUCAAAAGAAAUGCAAGUCAUUUCUGUUCGUGGCGAGUGAUUUGCAUUUCAAUUCUAUCCCUCUCUCUCUAUCUCUCUCUCUCUCUCUCUCUUUGUUUUUCCCCUCCCCCGACAAAUUUUCUGCAUACAUUUUUCUCUCUGCCUUCCAAUUUUUUCUCUGAGAUUCCGGGGGGAGAGAUUCUGAAACCCCCCUUCUCUCCAUUCUCCAUUUUCAUCCCCUCUUUCUCUCGAUCACCAUGAUUUUCGACAAGGUCUCGACGCAAUCUAACCUUGACUGCUUCCUCCGGUGUAUCACCCCCGUCGUUCAUUCCCAGUUCCUACCCAACUCGGAGAUUAGAAAGCUGAAUCGGUUAUGGCAUCCGUGGGAGAGAGAGAGAGUAGAAUACUUGAGGCUGGGUGAUCUCUGGAAUCGCUACGACGAAUGGAGCGCCUACGGAGCCGGAGUCCCCAUCGCCUUAAACAAUGGGGAGACCCUUGUCCAGUAUUACGUCCCUUACCUCUCUGCUAUUCAGAUUUUCACCAGCAACAGAUUCAGGGAAGAGACAGAGUCAGGUGAGUGUGAGACGAGGGAUUCUUGCAGUGAUUGUUACAGCGAAGAGAGUGAGAGUGAUAAGUUAUGGAGAUGCGAUGGUUCCUUGUCCUCUGAAGAAGCAGGGUUUGAGCAAGACAGUCUCUGGCAUUUGAACGACAGAUUGGGUCAUCUCUAUUUCCAGUACUUUGAAAGAUCAACUCCUUACGGCAGAGUUCCUCUCAUGGAUAAGAUCAGAGCUUUAGCUGAGAGAUACCCUGGCUUGACGUCAUUGAGAAGCGUAGAUCUCUCGCCAGCUAGUUGGAUGGCAGUUGCUUGGUAUCCGAUAUAUCAUAUUCCAAUGGGAAAGACAAUCAAAGAUCUUUCCACAUGCUUCCUCACUUACCACACGCUUUCUUCUUCCUUCCAAGAUAUGGACAUAGAAGAUGAGGUAGAAGGAGGGAAAGCGAAGAGAAAGGAAGGGGAAGGAAUAUCUGUGCCACCAUUUGGAUUGGCCACCUACAAAAUGCAAGGCAAUGUGUGGAUCUCCGGCAAUAAUGGGAGGGACCAAGAGAGGCUUCUCUCGCUCUCGAGCGUCGCAGACUCAUGGCUGAAGCAACUCACAGUCCAGCACCCCGACUUCAAUUACUUUAUGGGCAUUCGCCAUACCUAAAAACACACAGAGUACUCACAAACCCUAUGAAAGAUAUAUAUAUAUAUAUAUAUAUAGAUAUAGAUAUCCCUUGUGGAAAGCACGCGACACCUAAAAAUGCCACCUUCUAGGGGAGAUUGUUUCAUAUUGUCCUGGAUUGGACUAAUGGAGCUUUUUCUUUCUUCCUUUUCACUAUUACUCUAUUAGAGAGAAUGUGUGUCUGUGAGGAAUGAGGAUUAAUCUGUAGUAUGCUGUUUUAACGCCUGAGAGUCCACUUUAGGGUAACUUGAUGAAAUGACCCUGUUCCUGUUCGGCAAUUCCUCUGUUCGCAGAGGCUUUGCUUGUAGAGAUCGAUUGUGUAUUGACGAUGAUUUGGUUGAGGUAAAAAAAAAAAAAAAACUUAAGACUGGUUUUGCC